CCAUAAUGCUUCACCGGGAACCCCAAGGCUCUUUGAAGAAAAUCGCACAGCUCCCUCGCCACCUGUGCUUACAUCUCCUUUAAUAUAUGGUUCAUCGGCGUGCCUCUGGCCUUUUGCUGGAACUCUUCGAUCUCAAAAGCUAGAACACUCAGGCUAAUCCGGUAAGACCGCCUGGGGAGGCGUGGCUUCGGGACCGGAAGAAGCUCCCGUUGCCAAGGGAACGUCGCCUGCCCGGGCGCCUGCUCAGCCACUGAUGCUCCGGCUGAUGCAGACGCUGCCAGUUCUCCCAACUUGUGGAGGCGUCUUUGCUCAGUACCAGGGAUCCUCCCUGUGGAGGCAUAGAGAAGAAGGCUGAGGGACUUCCGCACCAGAUUUCCAUCCCAGAGACGGAUACGAGUGAGUGUGUCUGUUCCUGUUUUUCACCAGUUCCUGGGCUCGCAGGAUUAACCUCAAAAGCCAGCUGGUUUGUAAAUAUUUGAAUCAUAUUAUGGGAUUGCUAGAUAAACUCUCAGGCUUGCUCGGCCUAAGGAAGAAGGAAGUUCAUGUUUUGUGCCUUGGGCUGGAUAAUAGCGGGAAAACAACAAUCAUUAACAAACUUAAGCCUUCAAAUGCUCAAUCUCAAGAUAUAGUUCCAACCAUAGGAUUCAGCAUAGAGAAAUUCAAAUCAUCCAGUUUAUCUUUUACAGUGUUUGACAUGUCAGGUCAAGGAAGAUACAGAAAUCUCUGGGAACACUACUAUAAAGAAGGACAAGCCAUUAUUUUUGUCAUUGAUAGUAGUGAUAGAUUAAGAAUGGUUGUGGCCAAAGAAGAACUUGAUACUCUUCUGAAUCAUCCAGAUAUUAAACAUCGUCGAAUUCCAAUCUUAUUCUUUGCAAACAAAAUGGAUCUUAGAGAUGCAGUGACAUCUGUAAAAGUGUCUCAAUUGCUGUGUUUAGAGAACAUCAAAGAUAAACCAUGGCACAUUUGUGCUAGUGAUGCCAUAAAAGGAGAAGGAUUGCAAGAAGGUGUAGACUGGCUUCAAGAAAAAACAGUACAAUCAGAUCCAGGCUGCGAAGACAUGAAAAGAUAAUAUUUGGACUCCCCAGCAAUUUUCAGUUUAAGGAAUAAUAUCUAAGGCAAAUUGAAUACUUUAAAUUUUUUAAAAGAGAUCUGUAUGUCUAAGAAUACUUUAUAAUCUUCUGCUUGUAUUUUUGGACUCUGAAUGAGCUUUUUAAGAAUGUAGGACUUCAGGUAUGCUAAUCUGGCCGUUAAUUAUUUGAACACUAAGUCUUCCCACAAAAGGGCUCCCUAGAAUUAUCAACUUCUUAGUAAAGCUCUGCAUCUGAUUAGAAUGUUUAAAAGUCAGAGUUAUACGCCAUCUCAAUCUCCCAUCAUGAUUUAUGAUAUCUUUAAUGUGUUUUAUUUUUUAAAUUGUCUUUUUAAAAAUUUAGUUUAUGGUAUGACUUUGCAGUAUGAAUUGUGCUUGUGAAAAAGAACUUUGAAUAUUUAUAAGAGACUGUGGGUAAUUAAUAUAUAGUAAAUUUUUACUAUGUGUCAUCAUCAAUAAAACAUAAAAUGUAAUGUACUAACUAGUAGUGUGCUUUUCUUUAUGCUGAAAAGAAUAAUGCUGUGUUAAUAUGAUAUUUGGUGUUUUACUGUCAAACAUUUGUAAAUGAUUUGAGGCCAUUAACUUGGCUUAUUUAUUUAUUUGGAUUAUUGAAUUUAUUUAUUCAAUGUAUGUUGAACAUCUCUACGUCUAUUAGUCAGUCAUAGUCCUGGGCACUGGUGAUUCUAUUAUUUUGUUUUAUAGAUUAGGAAACUGAGGCCUUAAAAUUUUAGGUUAUGUAAUUUGCCAGAGGUCACAGAGCUAUUAAUAUUAAUAAUAAAUGGUGGUACUGGGAUUCAGAGCCAAGCAAUCUGUUUAAUAUGGAUGAUUCAAGGGACAAGAGUAUGAUGUAUGUUAGAAAUAUAGAUGUAUCUGUCAGAAGAAUAACUAAAGUGAUUGCAAAGGCUCUUAAUGGGGAAGGAAACCAGAGGUGUGGUAGUGGGAAGAUCAGAGACAGGGACAACUGAGGUUUUUUUCUUUGUUUUUGUUUUUAUUUUAAGGCUAUUAACACUAUUCAAAUUUUAAACUCUGGACAUAAAUGACUUUGAUAAAAAUAAUUCUUGAAACUAUUUUGAUAACUAAGAUAGUAUUCCUCAAAGUAUAGUAACUCAUACCUAUACAAAUAUUUAGAAGAAAGAGAAGUUCUGUCUUUUCCCUUUGUUUCCAUGAUCACCAAGAUCUAGUUUAUAGUCUAUAAACAUCUAUUCCUACUCUACAUUUCCAUGUAAAGAUUAUAUAAAUGUAAGUUGGGCAACAAUGUAGUCACAGGAUCCAUUUUAUUUGUCUUUAGCAUGUUAUACAAUUAAAAUGCAUUUUAUUAAAGCUGAAGCAAGUAUUUUUUCAUGUUUAGAAUCACUGUUAUAAAGUUUAGU